AUGUAUGACUUGUUUCAAAGAAUAUCUAAAUUACAUUAUGAAAUCAUACGAUCUGGUAUUAGAAAGAAUAUGAAUGAUAUUAUGUUUAGAGAUAUAACUUUGCUUCGACAUCUAUCAUCGAAAUACAAUGUUAUGCAAUCAAUUCAUUCAUUAUCUACUUCCAUUGAAGCAUUAGAACUGAGACUAUCACAAAUUAAAAACUAUAAUAGAAGUAAUGAUACAAAUAAUAAUGUAAUUUUAUCAUUUAAUAGUAUUCAAUCUCUAUCCAUCGAUAAUAGAACCAACUUUGUAGAUAUCAUUAAAUUUAACCGUUUAUUUCAUAUGUUACAACCUGUGAACCUGUAUUGUUUGUUUUUAUUUGAUUUCAGUGGCUUAUUAGUAUCUUAUUUGUUUGAUCAUAUUGAUAUUAGUAUAGACAACAAUAACAACAACAACAAUAACAACAAUAGUCAUCCAUUGAUGUUAUUAUCUUCACUUCAUCUGUUCAUUGAGAACAUAGAUUGGCAUGAGUUAGAUAGUGUGUUACGAUUCAUUAGAAUGAGAGGUUCACAAUUAGAGUGUCUCUCUAUUGGUUUUAUCACUGGCGGUUCAUUCUUUAAUAUCACCAAUUCAAUUGAAUUAAACUAUCUAUGUAAUUUGAAAUCUUUACAACUAGGUGGAAGUGGAAAUAGUAAAGAUGAUAAACAUUGUUAUUCAACGUUUAUCGAUGACCCUUUUAAAUUCUUUGAUCUACUAUACUAUAGAUUAAAGAAUUUGAGAAGGUUGUAUAUUGUAAAGUUAGAGGUUAGUGAAACCGAACAAAAAGAAGUUUUCAAUUUGAAGUUUACAAGAGCAUUGUCUAUUUACCAGCUACGAAAGACACAAAUCCAAAAGUUACAAAUACCUUUUUCGUCAGAUGAGUUGAACACUACUCUUAGAAUGAACGACGGACUGCGAGUAUUGAAGUUACCAUGCCACCAGAACAACCACCAAUUUCACUGUAACUUGGAGAAGCUUUGCUUACUCUCGUGUACAAAGAAGUCGUUCAGCCAGUUCUCACGUACAAAGUGUAACAUACGCAGCCUGAAUUUGAAUGGCGAGCAUGUCGACAACAGAGAUAUUCUACGGUUUGUCAGUGCUCACCAAUGUCUUCGAUCUCUUGUAAAUAUAGUUAGUUUUUGGUAUAUAUGUGCAUAUGAAUACUUUGUUGAAUAUGCACUUCGUUUUCAAAUUAAAGUUAAUUCUAGAAUCAAGAUGACAGUCGAAGAAGUCCAAAAAACAGUUCCAAAUGAUUUAAAUAAAUUAUUCCUCGAUUAA